AGUAUCGAUCGAUAAGACGGUCCUGGUAAAUGAAAGAGGAAUUACACACAAUCUCGUUAUGUAAAUCACCAACUAUUGAUUUUAAUGGAGAAAAAACAGGUUCUUUAUGUGAAUACUAGAAGUUUCGUCUAUUUUCAAUUUAUUCGUUUCUAUUUGAGAGUAUAACAAGUGAAUUCUAACACUGAAAGAAAAUCUUAAAAUGUUAAGUUGGUUUACGGGUGAUCAGAAUGAGAAUCUUGAUCUCGAAGAUAAAACAUCCAUCGAAUUUACGAUUCAAGGAUUGCAACAUGUAGUAAACGUAUUAGAUGUAGGUCCAAAAACUACCCUCAAUGACUACCUACGACGAAAGAUGUUUUUAUUGGGAACAAAGCGUAUGUGUAAUGAAGGUGGUUGUGGAACUUGCGUGGUAGCUGUUAAAAAACCCAAAGAGGACAAGUUUUUAGCUGUCAACUCGUGCCUCAUUUCCAUAUUGACAUGUUAUGGCUGGAAAAUCGAGACGAUAGAGGGCAUUGGUGGCCCUCUGACACAAUACAAUCCCAUCCAGCUGGCCUUGGCUAACUUUAAUGGUACCCAAUGUGGUUUCUGCUCAUCCGGCAUGGUUAUGAAUAUGUACGCGCUUUCGAAAAAUGGAAAACCAACCAUGAAAGAAGUUGAAAACUCAUUUGGAGGAAAUAUAUGUAGAUGCACAGGGUAUCGACCGAUACUAUCAGCUUUCAAAUCUUUAUGCAAGGAUGCUUGCACAGAUCUAUUGGGAACUUAUCCCGAUAUUGAGGAUUUUUGUAUUGUGGAUGCGGAAUCAAUAAAAGAAAAUGGAAUGUCGUGUAUGAAGAAUCGUCAAUACGAAAUUAAGUAUGGAGAAGCAAACUGGUUGAAAGUUGUUUCAUUAAAGAAUCUUUUGAAUGUUAUAAAAAAAAUUGGAGAUCAACCAUAUAUGCUCGUUGCAGGCAAUACUGGCAAAGGAGUUUAUAAGCUACCCACUCCUUCAUUCUAUGUGGAUAUCAUCGAUGUGAAAGAACUCACAUCUUACGAACUAGGAGAAGAUUUACUCAAACUUGGGGCGAAUUUCACUUUAUCUAACACCAUGGAUUUGUUCAAACAGACAGCCAAUUUGAACCCAAAAUUUGGAUAUUUGCAAGCUGUAGCAGAUCACAUUGACCUGGUCGCUCAUGUGGCUGUGAGGAAUAUUGGUACAAUUGCUGGAAAUUUGAUGCUCAAGCAUUUACAUAACGAAUUCCCAUCAGAUAUAUUCCUACUGCUAGAGACUUUUGGUGCUAGAUUAGUCAUAGUUGACACAAAUGGAACGGAGGUCAAUAAAACAUUGGCAGAAUUUCUCAAAUUUGAAAUGAAGAAGAAGGUUAUCAAAACAAUCCAACUGAAAGCUUUGACAAAUUAUCACAAAUACGAAACUUUCAAGAUAAUGCCUAGGGCUCAAAAUGCCCAUGCUUUAGUGAACGCAGGGUUUCUGUUCGAAAUGAACUCGGAAGAUAUGGUUAAAAACGCACGAAUAAUUUUUGGAAACAUCAAUCCAAGCUUUAUACACGCAACAAAAACAGAGAAGUACCUAAUAGGAAAGAAACUAUUCGACGACGACACCUUACAAGGAGCCUUUGAAAAACUUUCAGAGGAACUUCAACCAGAUGUUAAUCCACCAGAGCCUGAGCCAGAAUUCAGAAAACAGCUUGCGAUAGCUUUAUUCUACAAGGCUAUACUUAAUUUGGCUCCUGAAGAUGAGUUGAACCCUAAGAAUAAAAGUGGUGGAGCUCGUUUGAAGAGACCAGUAUCUAAUGGUGUUCAAGACUAUGAAACCAGUGAGUCAUUAUAUCCAUUAACAAAAGCAAUCCCAAAACUUGAAGCUUUGGCGCAAACAACAGGUCAAGCCCAAUAUAUCGAUGAUAUACCAGACCAUCCACAUCAGCUUUAUGGGAAAUUUGUUUUGGCAGAUGCAAAACCGAAUUCAAAAAUAAUAAAGAUAAAUGCUAAAAAGGCUUUGGCUAUGAAAGGAGUGGUGAGAUUAUUCACUAAAGAUGAUAUACCUGGGGAGAAUAAUUUCUUUCCCAAAGAGCUGGGAUUUGGAAUAGUUGAGAGACUAUUUUGUGACAAAGUAGUUGAAUAUAAUCAGCAGCCAAUAGGGUUACUCGUAGCGACCAAUAGAGAGAUCCUUCAGGAUGCCGUUGAUUUGAUCGAGGUAGAAUAUACCCCUACGAAAGAAGCACCUUUGGUAACCAUCAGAGAUAUUUUGAAAGCUAAGGCAACUGAUAGAUUGAUUAAAGAGAAAGAACAAAAACCAGUCAAAACUGGUGAUGAUGUCAAGCAUAAGAUAAAAGGGCGGUAUGAUCUAACAGGACAGUAUCAUUUUCAUAUGGAGUUACAGUGUUGUCUUGCUAUUCCUAGCGAAGAUGGUUUAGAAGUGUACCCCUCUACACAGUGGAUGGAUGCAGUCCAAAUAGGCAUAGCCAAAGUUCUGAAUGUGCCUCAUAACAAAAUCCGUAUCAAUGUGCGAAGACUGGGUGGUGGUUUUGGAGCAAAAAUAUCUAGGAACAACAUAAUAUCCUGCGCCGCUGGUUUAGCUGCAUGGCUACUCAAGAGACCAGUGAGAAUAUCCCUGACCCUGAAAGAGAAUAUGGGCUUCAUCGGAAAGAGAUUUCCAUUUUCUGUGGAUUACGAAGUUGGUGUCAACGAUGGAGGGAGAAUACAAUAUCUAAACUGUCAGAUGUAUGGUGACCAUGGUGUUGGCGGAAAUGAAAAGAAUUGCUACGAUUAUAUCUUCAACACGUUGAAUGGGAACUAUGACAACGAAGCUUUUAAUUUUGAUUAUUUUCGUGCUAAAACUGAUAGCCCAGCUUACACAUGGUGUAGAUCACCAGGUUCAUCUGAUGGAUUGGGAUUCAUGGAAGCUGUUAUGGAACAUAUCGCACAUGUUCUGGAGUUGGAUUCUUUAGAUGUGAGACUAAACAACAUCACAACGAGAAGAAAACUGUACGAUUAUCUAGGCGAUUUGAAAGAAUGGGCUGACGUAGAUGAAAGGAAGAUAGCUAUAGAAGAUUUCAACGAGAAAAAUAGAUGGAAGAAAAGAGGAAUAUCUAUUGUCCCGAUGGCUUGGUUGUAUGAACUGGAAGGACCAAUCAUGGCAACAAUUUCUGUUUAUCAUGUAGAUGGCAGUGUGACCAUAAGCCAUGGAGGCAUCGAAGUUGGACAGGGUAUCAAUACCAAGGCCGCUCAAGUUUGUGCUUAUAAAUUCCAAAUACCAUUAGAAAAAGUGAAUGUUAUUCCAAGUGAUAAUAUGGUUUCUGCCAACAGUUAUAUAACAGGAGGAAGUUGGACUUCAGAAGCAGUGUGCUAUGGUGUUAGUCAAGCAUGUGAAGAGGUGUUAAGGCGACUGAAGCCUUAUAGAAAAGAAGAUACUCCACAGACUUGGGAAGAACUAGUACAAGCAGGGUUUGCCGAUUAUGUACUUCUAACAGCAACUGCUCAGUACUCACCAAAAUCGCCAUUUUUGGAAGAAUACUAUAUUUAUGGUGCAUGUGCAGCUGAAGUUGAAGUGGAUAUAUUGACUGGUCAACACCAGAUAACUAGAGUUGACUUAAUAGAAGACACUGGUACUUGCUUAAGUCCAUACAUUGACAUAGGACAAGUAGAGGGUGCAUUCAUCAUGGGUUUAGGAUAUUAUAUCACAGAAAAGUUGAUUUUCGACAAAAACAAUGGCAAAAUGUUGACAAAUAACACUUGGACUUACAAACCUCCAGGAGCGAAAGACAUACCAAUUGAUUUCAGGAUCAAAUUUCCUAAAGAUAACCCAAACCCAGUAGGAGUACUGCAAUCAAAAGCUGUUGGUGAGCCUCCAUUAUGCAUGUCAAUUAGUGUACCCCUAGCCAUAAGGAACGCUGUGGGUUCAUCAAGGAAAGAUGCAGAUCCAUCUGAACCUACGUAUUUCUUCUUCGAUGGACCGACUACAGUGGAGAAUACUUUCAUGAAUUGUCUCAAUGAUUAUAAACAGUACACGUUAUGAACAAGAGGAAAUUACCAGAAAUAUUUUCUAUUUCAUAUUUUUAUAUAUCAAUUUUUCAACAUUUACGUAACAAGGAAUGGAAAACAUGUCUAUUUUUUAUAUUUAAUUAAUUUCAAUUCAAUGUUAUGGUUGUAAUUCUUUCAUUUUCAUAAUAUAGUAAACAUAUUCAAGAAACUCA